AUGGCCUUCACACAUGGUAAUUACACAGUCGCAUGGAUAUUUGCCUUGCCACUAGAAGUAGCAGCGGCAAAUCUUAUGUUGGAGAGAGUCCACCCUUCAUUAUCCCAGCCACAAACCGACCACAACUCCUAUACACUUGGGAGUGUUAGUGGUCAUCAUGUUGUUAUUGCCUGUCUUCCCUCGGGUGUCUAUGGAACUACAUCCGCGGCGAUUGCGCUUGCCCAAAUGCUGUCGACAUUCCUUUCUCUCCGGUUCGGUCUUAUGGUGGGCAUCGGGGGUGGUGUGCCUAGUAGAAAAACUGAUAUCCGCCUUGGAGAUGUAGUUGUUAGUAUGCCGACUUCUGCUUCUACCUUUGGGGGUAUCAUCCAGUAUGACUAUGGAAAGAGACUUCCUGAUGGAUCUUUCAAGCAAACUGGCUCACUCAACAAACCUCCUCGAUAUUUGCUCACAGCAAUAUCACAAAUUCAGAGUGAUGAUUUGGUCAACGAGACUCCGAUUGAGAAAACGAUAUCAGAUAUUCUCGAAAAACAUGAGAAAGUUCGGGAUCAGUUUUCGCGACCAGAGAAUGACUUGCUGUUCAAGCCAAGCUAUGACCAUUGCAGAAGUGAAGAUACCGACUGUUCAGCAUGCGAUCAGAGACAGUUGGAGGUUCGUCAGCCGCGAGAUUUCAAGAAGCCAAUCAUCCAUCACGGCCUCAUUGCUUCUGGGAAUAAAGUUAUAAAAGACCCUAAGAAACGGGAUGCUCUGGCAGAGGGAAGGGAUAUCCUGUGUUUCGAAAUGGAAGCCGCUGGCCUGAUGGAUCAGUUGUCGUGUCUUGUCAUCCGAGGAAUCUGCGACUAUUGCGACUCCCAUAAAAGCAAAAAAUGGCAAGGAUACGCCGCUCUUACUGCAGCGGCUUACACAAAAAUGCUUCUCGGUGUUCUUCCUGCAUACAAUGAUGCGAGUAAUUCGAGCAAGCAGGCAUGGGUUGAAAAUGAUGAUAACCCAUUGCUGUGGGUAUCCGGCACCCCAGGGUGUGGCAAGAGCUUUAUCGCGCAGAACAUCAUCUCUUAUGUUCAAGCGCUUUAUCCUCAAUGCGCCACCGAGAGAAAUGAUACUUCAGUUGGGUAUUUCUUUUUCAAACAUACCGAUCCCGAGACAAGGAAUUUCCACCGUGCGUUGAGGGAUAUCGCGUUCCAAAUCUAUCAGAACGACCUUUCCUACAGGUGUUAUAUACAUGCCAACUGUCAUUCCCCCGACGACAUUAAAUCCUUUCAGGCUGCAUGGAGGUAUCUGUUCGUAGAGUACUACCUCAAUACCCUCGAAACGGUCGGUGGUAAUGUGAUAAUUGUCCUUGAUAGUGUGGAUGAAGCAUUUCGAGACGACUGUCGAGAGUUUCUAGCGCUAGCCUCGAACUUCGUACACCAUCCUAUCAAGUCUGGUAUCAAGGUUGUUCUCCUUGGGAGACCAGAAAUAUACGACGACUUGGUGAACGCUUUGGGACUGCCUAUUUCAACCAUUCAUGUCAACGCCAAUAAAAACAUCGGGGAUAUCACAAAUUACGUUCGAAAAGCCAUCCGCAAGUCCCGGUCAAUAAGCCGGGUUCCAAAACCGCAGCGCGUCCUAAUUGAAAAAGCUUUAAUCGACAAGGCCGAGGGCAUGUUCAUCUGGGCCGACCUGAUGCUGACUGAGCUUAAUGGGAGGGCCAGGGCUAGCAGCAUGCUUGAAAGUCUUCAUAAAGCCCCCAAGAGCCUCGAUGCGAUGCUGAAACACGUCCUGGAGACAUUUAGCAGCAGGCUGAAUGAGGAAGAGGCAACUGACCUCAACAUUAUUCUUUCGUGGGUGGCAUGUGCAGAUACACCCUUGAGGUUGGCAGAGCUAGAGACGAUACUGGGACUUGAGUUGAAAACUGAGGAUGAUAGACUGGGGUUGUAA